AUGGGAAACUGUGUGAUUGUAGGGUUGGGAGAAGCUAAUGAAGUGAUCAGAGUCAUAACUUCAAACGGCGGAGUCAUGGAGUUUUCGUCCACAAUAACAGCAGGAAGCAUUACAAGUGAAUUCCAAGGGCAGGCUAUUUUCCGAAGCAAUGAUAUCCUCGGGAAACCUGUUUUUCACCAUGAACAACUCCUCCCUGGUAAUUGUCGACCACCACGGCAAGUUCAUCAGCACCAUCAUGUCAGGUCGAACAGCAUCCCAGCUUCGCUUGUUGUUCCUUAUAGGAUGACCUGCAAUUAUCAGCCGACUCUGAAGAGGUCUCAUACUGAUGUCUUCUCCAGGUACGACCACCACCCUGGAGUUUGGAAAGUGAAGCUGGUGAUAACAACCGAACAGCUGUUGGAAAUUUUGUCACAGGAAGCUCGAACUCAAGAGUUGAUCGAGUGUUAG